AUGAUGGCCCUGAGCGCCCAGCCGCCGUCUUUGCUGCAGCAGGACAUUGCUGCUAUGCUUUCUAUGCCAGCAGCAGCCCUCCCAGCAGCAGCAGCAGCAGCAGCAGCAGCAGCAAAUGUGCAGCCGCCGACGGCAGCAAAGGCAGCUGCAAACGCGGCCCCUGCAGCGCCGCCCGCAGCAGAGCCAGCUGCAGCAGCAGCAGCAGCAGCAGCAGCAGCAGCAGCUGGCGGGGAGGCGGGGGACAGCAGCAGCUUUUCUCGCCGCUGCUCAGAUAUAGUUCAGAGCAUUUGUGGGGGGUUGCUGGCAGCAAGCAGCACCCAGAGCAGCGCCUUAAUGCCAUUUCAGAAGCACGUGGUUGCUGCUGCUGCUGCUGCUGCUGCUGCAGAGAUGCAGCGCGGUCGCGCGGGCGGCGCAGAGCAGCAGCAGCAGCAGCAGCAGCAGCAGCAGGCAGCUGGGGGUUUGUCUUUGCCUCCAGAGCUGUCUGUUUACAUGCGGCAGGCAGUUGGGCUGGUUGCAGCAGCAGCAGCAGUGUCCCAGUCGUCACUUGCUGCUGCGUUCCCCGCGCUGCAGCAGCAGGCGCUGCAGCAGCAGCAGCAGGCGCCGCAGCAGCAGCAGCAGCAGCAGCAGGACCCUGCUGGGGGCAGGCUGUGGGACAAGCUGAUGGGCUCUUGCGAGGCGACGCUGGCUGCAUGCAAGACUUCGAUUUCAGCAGAGCAGCAGCAGCAGCAGCAGCAACUCCCAGCAGCAGCAGCAGCAGCAGCAGCAGCAGCGGAAGAGGAGCUGGGGACACAGGCACUGCUGCGCGUGGAAGGUUUGUCUUCCAUUGUGACUUCUCUGGUCUACACGAACUUCCUUACGCUGCUGCAGCUAACAGCUUUAUCGCAGCAGCAGCAGCAGCAGCAGCAGCAGCAGCAGCAGCGGGACAGCAGCAGCUGCAGCAGCGUGAGUGUAGUCCCUUCACCUCCUGCAACUCCGACGGCCACAACAGUCAGCAGCGACUCGCCCAUACAUCAGCUGCUGCUGCCGCCGCACCAGCAGCAGCAGCAGCAGCAGCAGCAGCAGCAGAAGGCUGCAGAUUCGCAGCUGCUGUUGGCUCUCCCUCGUUGUGCUGCUGCUGAAGGUGCAGCAGUGCAGCAGCAGCAGCAGCAGCAGCAGCUGAAGCAAGAACCGUCGCUGCUGGUGCACGAGAUGCAGCAGCAGCAGCAGCAGCAGCAGCAAAUGUGGGACCUGCAUGAGGCGUUCCAGAAAUUUGUUGGGACGUUUGCAGGUUCAUUGCAGCAGCAGCAGCAGCAGCAGCAGCAGCAGCACGCGAGAAGCAGCAGCAUAUUGGCGCCUUCAGCCCCGCCGCAUUUCGACCAGCAGCAGCAGCAGCAGCAGCAGCAGUUGGACCUGCUGCUCAGCAGCACUGUUGGGGGUUUACAGCUGGGCACAGCUGCAGCAGCAGCAGCUCCUGCUGCUGCUGCUGGUAGUUCAGCAGCACAGCGGCAGCAGCAGCUGCUGCUGCCGGCAUCACCAGCCCCCAGUUUGCUGCCAGAGGCCAACUCUCUGCUGCAGCAGCAGCAGCAGCAGCAGCUGCCGGCGACGGCGACGGCGAGCGGCACACAGCAGCAGCAGCUGCUGCUGCUGCUGCAGCAGCUGCAGCAGCAGCAGCACGCCAAACAAGACCCUGGGGUAGGCGGGGGUCUUCCGCGGCAGUGCAGCAGCUUAGUUGAUGCUGCUGCUUUUCUGCAGCUGCAGCAGCAGCAGCCCCUGCCUUCCAUCAGUGAAGUGAAUAGAUUCCUGCUGCACAGCAGCAGCAGCUGA